AUGGUGACUGAAGGAAUUGUACUAGGUCAUAAGAUAUCUUCAAGAGGACUUGAAGUGGACCAAGCCAAGGUGGAGGUAAUCUCAAAACUUCCGCCUCCAAUAAACAUCAAAGGAGUAAGAAGCUUUUUGGGUCAUGCGGGAUUUUAUAGACGUUUCGUCAAAGACUUUUCGAAGAUUGCCAAGCCCUUGAGUAACUUACUCAACAAAGAUCAUUUAUCUCGCCUAGUCAAUGUAAAUGUUACCAACCAAGAGGCCGAAAUAAAUGAUGAAUUUCCGGAUGAACAGCUUUUUCAAGUUCAAAUAAGACCUUGGUUCGCUGAUCUUGCUAAUCAUAAAGCAACCGGUAUGAUACCGGUGGACUUUGAUUGGAAUAAAAAGAAAAAGUUGUUAUCCAAUGUGAAGUACUAUUUGUGGGAUGAUCCAUACUUGUUUAAGAUAGGUGCGGAUGGAAUAUUAAGACGGUGUGUUACGGAAGAGGAAGCCCAACAAAUCUUGUGGCACUGUCAUAAUUCUCCUAGUGGUGGGCAUUUUAACGGAUGGAGAACGACAACAAAAGUCCUCCAAUCCGGGUUUUUCUGGCCAACAGUUUUCGAAGACGCCCAUCACCAAAGAAAGAAUUGUGAUAAAUGUCAAAGAGUUGGUGGGAUAAGUAAACGGGAUAAGAUGCCACUUCAAACCAUGAUUGAGGUUGAAGUUUUUGAUUGUUGGGGUAUCGAUUUUAUGGGACCGUUUCUUCCAUCAUUUGCUAAUGAAUAUAUUCUAGUUGCAGUGGAUUAUGUUUCCAAGUGGGUAGAAGCCAUCGCCACACCAAAGGCGGGAACCAAAAUAGUGUUGAAAUUUUUAAACCGAAACAUCUUUACACGUUUUGGCAUGCCUAGAGUGAUAAUAAGCGAUGGCGGAUCCCAUUUUGUUAACGAGCAAGUAGCAAAAGUUCUGGAUAAGUAUGGUAUCAACCAUAAGAUUGCACCACCUUAUCACCCCCAAACCAACGGAACAGCAUACAAAGCACCAACUGGUUCCUCUCCUUUUCAGAUGGUUUAUGGUAAGGCAUGCCACCUACCAGUGGAGGUGGAACACAGGGAACUAUGGCCCUUGAGAUUUUUCAAUAGGGAUGAUACUUUGGCUUAUAAGAAAAGGAGGAAUCAAAUCCAUGAGCUUGAAGAGUUUCGGUUAAGACUUUUCCUUAGAAAGUUAAAGUCUAAAUGGUCAGGACCUUUCAAGUAUGAUUUAGAGAAGGUACACGCUCUUAAACCAAAGAUUUCAUGCAAGGAUGCCAAGACACCAUGGUUAGGGUUUAAUGGAGUGUAUGGCUCGGGUUUUGAAAGUGCAGAAUUUUCCAUGGGAAAAUUCGCAGCAAAAUCCGCGGCAGAAUUGGUAGAUGAAUCCGCAGGAAACAAGUCUUUUAUAUUAACAAAGAGAAUAAACAACAUAAGUGGCCAAAGACUUGUGGAUUGA